AUGUCCAAACCUUGUGCCUGCUGCUGCCAGCUACUGCUGGUAUUGGCCGUCUUGGCAAGCACCCAGGGGCAGGUCCCUCGCACUUGCGCCAGUGAUUGGCACAUAGCAAAUGGCAUGUGCUGCCCACACUGGUGGGGCGACGGCUCACCCUGUGGGAGUGCCUCAGGCCGGGGUUACUGCCAGGAGCUGGCACUGCCGUCACCCUGGUCAGGUGGGCAGGUGGGUGAGGGGCGCGCCACCGAUUUCUGCCUAGGCUGGCCGUCCUACUCCUUCAGCUGGCUGUGCGCGUGCCAACGGGGAUGUGGCGGUGUGGACUGUGGGGAGUGUGCCCCCGGCCGGGUGGGCUCACAAUGCCAGCGGCGGCGCCUGGUGGAGAGGCGGGAUCUGCGGCAGAUGUCAGUGUCUGAGCGGGACCUCUUCCUGGACCGCCUCCUGCUGGCCAAGCGCACAGUCAGCUCCCGAUACGUCAUCUAUACAAGCUCCAGUCCUGAGCCCGGCUCGCCGCUCCAUGUCCGUGAUGCCAGCCUCGACGACAUCUUGGCCUGGGCACACUAUCUCUGUGCCAAGCCCCAGGGGGAUGGCCAGCUGAGUAGCUACGCCCACCGGGGACCUGCCUUCCCCUGUUGGCACCGUGUCUACCUCCUGUCCUUUGAGAGGGAGAUGAGAAACCUGACUGGAGAGCAGGAUUUCUACCUCCCAUACUGGGCCUGGGCAGGACAGCAGAGCUGUGACAUCUGCAUUGACCAUAUCUUCGGUUCCAAUGAUGCACAAGGGGUCCUCAGUCAGACCUCCUGCUUCUGCAGCUGGCUGGUUCUCUCCCCUGCUCAAGGCCCCGAUGAAGCUUUUGCAUUGUCCCAUUGGUGUCACCAGCCUUUCCGACUACAAUUCCCAUUCUGCAUGUACAAAACCAAAGUCGGCAGCCACAAUUUCAGAAAUGAGAACAUCGAGUUCCACACUGACAUCCAGACGUUGGCACAAUCCAAGAAAAGGGGCAACUAG